UUAACUCUGUACCUUUAACUAAUGCUGUUAUUUCUUGUUUUCUAAAUUGGAGUGUACUUUUGUUGAGGCUGAUAGUAAAUGUGCUUGAGGCAGCCAGAACAGACUUUAAAAGAAUCACACAUCCUCUUUCACCUGGCCUUCAGACGAUUUUCAGAUUGGAAAUACUUGGGAAAGCAUUUUGAGGUCUUUCUGAACAUAUUUUUCUGAGAAGUGUACUGCCAAAAUGAAUUUUACAGACCCUUGUUCCACAGAUUACCCCUAUUAUUCAGACUAUGCUUCUCUAAUCAUGCAACCUUGUUCUAAGCUGGAGGUCAGGAACUUCACAAGAGCAUUUCUGCCAGUUGCAUAUUCGUUGAUUUGUAUCAUCGGCCUCUUGGGUAACAUCUUUGUGGUGAUGACCUUCGCUUUAUACGAAAGAACCAAGUCCAUGACGGAUGUGUACCUCUUCAACAUGGCCAUAGCAGACAUACUGUUUGUUCUUACUCUUCCACUGUGGGCAGUGAAUUAUGCAGCUGACGAAUGGAUUUUUGGUGACUUCAUUUGCAAAAUGACUAGAGGUAUCUAUGCAAUCAACUUCAGCUGUGGCAUGCUGCUUUUGGCCUUUAUCAGCGUGGACCGGUACAUUGCUAUCGUACAGGCAACAAAGUCUUUUAAACUCAGGGCAAGGACUCUGGCACAUAGUAAACUCAUUUGUUUGGCUGUGUGGAUAUCAUCAAUUUUAAUCUCCAGUUCCUCUUUUCUGUACAGUGAAAGUUACAGCUUCUCCAUCAAUGAAACCAAAGAGAUUUGUGAUCACAGAUUUGACGGAAUGUCUGAAAGCACGACGCUGAAAUCACUGCUGCUGUGGCUACAAGUUUCAUUUGGAUUUUUUAUACCUUUAAUAUUCAUGAUUUUUUGUUACACCUUCAUUGUCAGAUCCUUACAACAAGCUCAGAAUUCCAAAAGAAACAAAGCAAUCCGUGUAAUUGUAUUAAUUGUAGCUGUUUUCCUAGUUUGCCAGGUACCUUAUAACAUUGUACUUCUCAUAACAGCUGUCAAUAUGGGCAAGAUUGACAAAUCUUGUGACAGUGACAAGAUAAUGGCUUAUGCAAAAUACACCACUGAAGCCAUAGCAUUUUUACACUGUUGUGUGAACCCUGUGCUCUAUGCAUUUAUUGGAGUGAAGUUCAGAAGUUAUUUUGUGAAGCUGAUGAAGGACCUAUGGUGCAAGAGAGACAAGAAAGACAAUAAACGUAGUUUAAGGACAAACUCUGAUACUUAUCAUUCAAGACAGACUAGUGAAAUUCUGACUGACAAUGGAUCAUCUUUUACUAUAUAAAUACAGUUUAACCAACAUUAGUACUGAAGGGCUCGUCUCACCGGGUCACCCAAACUAAUGUCACUGUGCCAAGUGACAGCAAGUAUCUGAGCUCCUCUGUGUCUCUAAAGGGAUUCAAUGAUCUACAGCUCCUUUCAGGAAACUAAUUAAGAUAAAGGCAUAAUACUGUCCUGUGUAAAACUAAAGCCUUAUUCACUUCUCUUAAUGCACUUCUAAAGUACAUUCUCUUGGAAUUAUAAAGAAAUUGAAAUUUUCAGAGGAACCCUUGUCAUUGUGCAAGGAAAAAUCACAUUUCAUCUGUCCUACAACACUGAAAUAUCCCCAAAAUAAUAAGUAAAGGUUAUGUCUAGGCUCUUUCUUACAUUUAUGUUGUUUCUAUUAAUUUCUUCUACCUGGAAAUCCUAGUGAAGUGUAGCUCUCCACUGUGCUUAUAUUGCAGACAGGUCAUAUUGUGACAGUACUAACCCAAAUAGAUGGCAUUUUGAGCAAAGCACGACAAGGAAUUUCACAGACUGUGAAAUGACAAAAGAGGCUCAGGACUGGUGACAUAGCUGGGCUGCAGUGCUUGGUCUUGUAAAUCUUAGCCCAGUGCUAUUCUGAACAGAGAGUGAAGCUUUGUUGGAGAGUUUCUUCUCUUUGUUUGGCACAGGGUUCAGAUGCUGGAACCCAGCAAAGCUGAUAAUCUGAUGAAUAUCUCUUUGUGAAAAGUAGUCUCUUUCUAGCUGAAAUUCACACUCUACUUUUUAAAAGGCAACUAACUGUAUGAAACUGCAAUUAUUCCAGCACUAUUUGUUGGAAUGUGAUUGGUAAUAAAAUAUGAAGCAUUUCUUUGCAUUUAGCUGCUGCUAGCAAAGAUUCCUUAGGAAUGUAUUUACCAGCUCAAAUAUGCAUAUAUGUAGUUUCAGAAAUUAAUUAGAAGUAAUUAUCUAAAAAAGAGCAGAAUCUGACUUA